AAAGCAAAUGCCAAGCCAGGGCUCAUAGAGCUAGCUUAUUUUCAACGCAGCCUCAACUAGAAUUCACAUAUACUUCUUCAAUUCACAGCUGCGUAGUUUGCUCUUCUAAUCCUAAAAAUCCAUCAUCGAAUCGAAGAAGAUCGAAAAUACAGUGAAAGAUGUCGUGGCAAGCAUAUGUGGAUGAUCACUUGAUGUGCGAAAUCGAAGGCAACUACCUCUCCGCCGCCGCCAUCAUCGGUCAUGACGGCAGCGUUUGGGCCCAAAGCUCCUCCUUCCCUCAGUUCAAGCCUGAAGAAAUAGCUGCAAUUAUGACUGAUUUUGCUGCACCUGGGUCACUUGCACCGAUUGGCUUGCACUUUGGUGGCACAAAGUAUAUGGUGAUCCAAGGUGAACCAGGGGCUGUUAUAAGAGGAAAGAAGGGCCCUGGUGGUGUUACUGUCAAAAUGACCAGUCAAGCUUUGAUCAUUGGAAUAUACGAUGAACCUAUGACCCCUGGCCAGUGCAACAUGAUUGUGGAAAAGCUUGGUGAUUAUCUCAUUGAACAGGGUCUCUAGUUGCAUUUGUUUGUUUUUUUGCUUUUAUUUUCUUUUCUCCAUUUCUUUUCUUCUCUCUCUCUCUCUCUGGAGCCUGCAUCCAUCUAUUAGAAGUUGGAAUUGUUGCGAUGUUGUUGUAUUUAUAUCUUUCAAAGUAGUGGAGAACUUGGUGUGGAUUGUUGCUUGGAAAAUGAAGAAUUUGGUCACUUCCUUUGUCAGUGUACCCUCCCUUUGAAAGGGGUUAUGUUUGAUAUUUGCUGUAUCGUAAACAAUUACUGAUUUUGGGCUUUAAUGGAAGUGUUUCUGUUAGAUUGAAAAUUCAUAUUCAUGUAAUAUUAUUAUCUUGUUCACUGUUGGGAGUUUGAUGUGAAAGCAUUUCUCCUUGAUAUUGAAAUA